AUGAGCGAGCUGCAGGCGCCUCAUACAAUUGAAUCGACGCAGUUGUCACACUGUGUGCCGUGUUUUAAAGAGGAACUGGGUAAUGUGUCGUUCCAGUGCUCCGGCCCCCCGCUGGGCUCCUGCACCUUCCUGAGCUCCACCAGCAGCUUCCUGUCGCUCCCUUCUCUUGCGUCUUCAUCUGCUCUUGGGGUCUUUUCGGUUCGAUUCCACUUCAGGACGUGGAACGCAGACGGGAUGCUUCUGUCCGCGCCGCUCAGACCGGACCCCCACAGACCGGACCCCCACAGACUGGACCCCCAAAGACCGGACCCCCACAGACUGGAGCUGCACCUCAGUGACUCCCGGCUGCUCCUGACCCUGCAGACCCCGUCCAGGCACAAGUCCCAAGUCUUUACUGGUCAGAACCCGCCGCGCCUCAUUGCCACUUGUAGACUUUAA